CAGGUACAUGUUCGUGUUCAUGAAUGCAUUUGCCUUAAUGACACACGUGUCGGGUGCUGUCGCGCGACCGCGUGACCGCGCACUCCAGGUUAAUGCCCGCGCUCAAGAGUCGGCGACUAUCUCGACAGAUGAAGCCGAGCAGCAGCAGCAGCAGCAGCAGCAGUAAAAGACCGAACAACUCGAGGAGAUAAUUGGAUUCUAGGCGGAAACUAAGAGACAGGAAUUCUCCAGGAAUACCGGGAUUCUCGUCAGGAGUUGAAAUCCCAGUUUGACUCGGUUCUAAAGGCUCUGUUUCCAGGAUGUGUGGAACGGACAUCGACCUGGAAGAGGAAGGUUCUGGUGAGGAGGACAAAGACGAGGAUCUCUGGAUUGGAGAAGGUGUGAAGAUGCUGCCCCCUCCUGUGGCCCACAGCGAGGGCAGCGCCUGGGGCAGUCGGCGGGGCAGGUGUGGCUGCGUGGCCUGCGGGCUGGGUCUGGUCCUCUGGAACCUGUGCGUGGUCCUGGCCGGCGCUGGGCUCCUGGCUGUGGUCUUCAGUGCGGUGCUGCUGCCGGCGGUGCUGCUGCUCUACGCAGGCUUCCUCUGCCACUCCAGGGUCCUCAACGCUCCGUCCGCCAUCUGCCGCUACCUCGAUGACAACAGCUGCUCCGCCCUCAUCAUCCUGGGGUUCGUCAUGAUGUCUCCACUGGUGAUUGUGGCGGCCGCGGUCUUCUGCGGUCUUCUCCGCAGGUUCCGAAUCCUGCUCUUUAUUCAGCCAAUCAGGCGCGCCUGGUACCGCGGGAAGCUGGUGGACUGGGCCGGCAGCAUCCACGCCUGGGUAUAAGACGGAGAUAAAAAUACAGACAGAUUAUUUGAGGAGACAGAGAUGAAACAGAGAUCAGUGCUGGAAGAGAAGAGUUGAUUUUGUAAAUAUAAUGUAUUGUUUUUGUGGAUUAAAAUGUCCAGUUACUUCUGAAACAUUCACCAAAUGAAAUGUGUUUGUGUGAAGUUGUGGUCGGGGGAGUCGGGGGUUAUUGUUGACAUCAAUUUUCUACCUGGUUCCAUCAGAACAGUACAUUGACUUUGAUGUUGCCUGUCAGCUGUAGCAGAUCUGUGCUGUAGAGGA